AUGAAGUGUCCUUUCAUAUCUUUGGUAAUCGUUACGCCGCCGCCGUUCGACUACACCAAAAAUGUGCUGCAUGCUACGAAGUCUAAUAAAAUGGAGAAGGCGCCGUCCAUCGGCUCCAGCAGCUGGGUGAUGGAGAUGGAGAGGACGAUCGGCGACAUCGACCCGGCGGUGGAGAUGGCGCGCUGGAAGCGGCACUCCAUCUACCUCGUCCCCGAGCGGAUCAAGAACCUGCACAACACCAAGGCGUACCGGCCGGAGCUCGUCUCCCUUGGCCCCUUCCACCACGGCGAGCCUGACCUGCUCCCCAUGGAGGAGCACAAGCGCCGCGCCGUGGUACACCUCGUCAAGCGCUCCGGGAGGCCGCUGCGGGAGUUCGUCAACGCCGUGGCGGAGGUCACGCCGCAGCUACAGGAGGCGUACAAGGACCUCGGCGCCGAGUGGCGCGGGGACGACAACCGGCAGCGGUUCGUGGAGCUCAUGCUCACCGACGGCUGCUUCCUGGUGGAAGCCAUGAGGAUGGACGCGCUGCGGGGGAAGGUGCAGGGGGACUACGCGCCCAACGACCCCGUCUUUAGUCAGUACGGUUACCUCUACUUGUGGCUGUAUAUCCAGUCAGACAUGGUCGUCAUGGAGAACCAGCUGCCUCUGCUUCUUCUCCACAGGCUAUUCCUUGUUCUCGAUCAUGACAAAUAUCAGGAUGCUCGAGAGAUAAGAAAGUUGGUGCUUGAUUCCCUCUGUCCUUGGCGCCGACAUGUGGUUGAUAUAAACCCUCGAGGGCUCCACCCCCUGGACAUCUUACACCAAAGCCUUACCCACGACGACCACCAAGAUCGCAGAGGAUCAAAGGCGUAUGUCAUGCCCUCCGCGAUGGAGAUUUAUGAAGCAGGAAUCCAUUUCAAGGUGAGCGAUACCGACAGCCUCCUCGAUGUCCACUUCGAGCAUGGCGUGCUAAGCAUGCCGGCGGUUAGGGUCAACGAAGGCACCGAGAAGAGGUUCCUCAAUCUAAUGGCAUUCGAACGGCUCCACCCUUCUGCUGGCAAUGCCGUGACGGCCUACGUGAUCUUCAUGGACAACAUGAUUAGCUCAGCCAAGGAUGUGGCCCUACUCAGAUCUAAGAUGAUUAUCGAGAGUGGGUUGGGCAGCGAUGAAGAGGUCGCCAAGCUCCUAAACAACACGCUAAACAAGGGAGGAGUGAUGAGCCCGUCUAGUAGGCUCCACGAUGUGCAGCGACAGGUGAAUGCCCACUGCAGGAAGAGAUGGAACAGGUGGCGGGCUAACUUCAUACAAACCUACUUGAGAAACCCUUGGGUGUUCAUUUCCCUCGUCGCCACCGUUAUUCUACUAGUUGCCACACUUUUGCAGACCUUCUAUACGGUUGCACCCUUUUACAAGCUCAUAUCCUAGUAGUAGUAAGUUAGUAUGCC